AUGAAACAGAGCGCCGAAAAAUGGCUGAGCAAUCGAAAUCCCGAGGGCAACCCAGCCCUCCCGACGUGGAGUCCCCGACGAAAAGACAGAAGCGUAAUUUCAUUGCGUCAGUACCCCCGUCAAAGCGCAUCUAUAACCGACCGGCUAAGAGUCAGCAGGUGCCGACGAUGUCAUUCUCACAAAAUCAAGUGUUCCGGGGGAUCUCCGUGCCGGAAUUGCCAGCAGACGCAGCCCGCCGUCGAGUGUAUUUAUCCAUGGCGCGACCGUAAAGUGCUGAUUCAGGAGAGUUACCUGAAAAAGCUAGAGGAAGAGAGCGAGCGCUGGAAAGAAUCUCAGAAAACCGAUAGAGAAGCUGGAAUUACUCCUCUAUCCCAGCCUAGCAACCAAGAAGAAACGAGACCUGGAAAUAACGCAGACACGCAACCGAGUAGUGUCGAGACGCAAAAUAAUAUCCCGUUGACCGCAGACGCAGAGAUAAGAAACCCCCUACUCGGUGAUCGGGCAUGGUUUGUGCGGGAUCGCACCUCCAUCAACCCAAUAUACAUAGGCGAGGCUGCUUGUACAGCUUUUGGUACUCGCUUGCGCCAAUUCCUAAAUGGAGAUGAACCAGUCGCACCGCUUCCGGGAUCGGUUUACUUUGCCGAUCAUACUGUACGCCGAACGACGAGUCCGGAAUUUAAACUACCAAAUCGAACAUACGCUCAUCUGCUUCUCAGAGUGGCGGUGCGAUUCAUUGGCGAGGACUAUCACUUGAUGCUGCGCAGAACGACGGCAGAGCAGCUUGACUCGGUUUAUAGAGAUAAUUGGUGCGAGGAUCGACUUCUGCUAUGUCGACUUUUUAUCCUUUUUGCUAUUGGGGAGCUCUAUUCGAAUCGUAAGCCACCGCAACCUGUAUCGCCGAGUGUGCCUGGUGUGGCUUUCUUUCGCUAUGCGAUGUCGAUGUUCGAGGAUCUUCACGAGGAGGCUGCAGUGCCUUAUAUCGAGCUACUGGUCCUCAUGUCGCUCUAUUUUAUGGCACUCAAUCGCGUGACAUCGGCAUAUGUGUAUAUCGGCACGGCAUUGCGUCUCAGUCUAACGCUAGGCCUGCAUCACAACGUCCCCGAGGGAAGCAUUAUCACACCGGUAGAAAGGGAGCAUCGCGUCCGGGUGUGGUGGACCGUCUACACCUUUGACCGCCUAUGGAGCUCCAAGCUCGGCCAUCCCAUUGGCAUCCGGGAUUCCGACAUUGCAGUUGACAUGCCGUCGAUGGAGCGGAUCUCGCCCCAAGAACAGGAAGAGUUUUCAGACCCUGAGCAUCUUAUUGCUGUGAUUAAACUAGCACGAACGGCGGGAGACAUUAUCAGCGAUAUCUACGGACGCCCUAGAGUCGAAGGGAAUUUUGUGCAGAGCGUGCAUAAGAUCCUUCGCAAUUUGCGGGCAUGGGCAGAGGAUCUCCCGCCCAACGUGAAGCUCAAUCAGAACUCACCACGCUACAAAUCUCGGCAUACGGCCUCAUUGCAUCUUGCAUUUAAUCAGUGUGUUGUACUCACCACCCGACCUAUCCUCUUCCAUCUCUUCAAAUCACGGUUCGAAAGCAGUGCCACUCCACGCGCUCCGUCGGCCAUGGUAUCAGCUCUCGCAGAGACAUGCGUCGUAGCUGCACGAAGCUCCAACAACCUUCUCAUUCAACUAUGGGUUGAAGGAUCCCUCGCCGUCUUCGGCUAUCUCGAUGCGCAGUACAUUUUCUCCUCGACCAUCAUUUUGUCGAUGUCGGCCGUUCUACAAGAUAGUGAGCCCGACCGGGAUGCCGUGGAGACCGCGACCGAUAUUCUCCAGUCUAUGGCAGAAGACGGCAAUCUUCCGGCUGGGCGUUUUUAUCAACAUUUGCGUGAGAUCCAGAAAGGAUUCAGUGAUAGCAAGCAAAAAGGUAAGCCAUUGCAUGGCACGCAGGGGUUAAUUGCGUCUGUACAGACCGCAGUUGAUGGCACAAAUCUAGACGGCGGACCUUCGAGGACGAAUUUACUUUCGUCCAUGGCGCAGGAUAUUGGUCAGGAGCUUUCGACGACGCAUCAGACUGCCUUAGACGAUCCAUUUAUUCUAGACUUUCUGGCUCAGGACACCUAUAUGGAUGUGUCGGGGAUGUUGGGGCUGGGUGGGAAUGUCGUGUCGCCUUCCCGGUGGAUGUUUGAAUAG